ACUGGAAAGCGUCCUGCGCGCUAAUCGCUGCACUGACGCUAGUAUUCGCCCAUACUUUGCUGUCUUCAGUUUAGGCAGUUUUAGCUGACGCAUUUUGUCUGUUUAUCACGAAAAAAGUAAUUAAAAUAGCCAGGAUGAGGGACGAGGUGAAAAUGGACGCGAAUCGUUUGAUAGUUGAGGUUUACAAGCGACCUGCUCUUUGGAAUCAGAGACACAUCUCUUAUCACAAUCGAGAGGUGACCAACAGAGUUUGGAUGGAGAUCGCCACAAUCUUUAAACUUCCGAAGCCAGUCUUAAAAGCCAAAUGGAAGGGCCUCCGAGAUACAUUUCGAGCCGAGUUAAAGAAGGAACUAGUCUACCAAAAAAGUAAUUACCAUCGGAAUCGGCCAGUAUGGAUUCACUUUAAAAAUCUGCAGUUCCUCAAGGAACAAAUGGUACCUCGACCACCGAUUUGGGAACGAAACUGCAAUCGUAAUUCAGAUAACAACCGUAUCACCGAAAUCGAAGGGAACCAAAAUGGAGACUCUAAAAGUAAAGCUGCAAAUGGAGAUGAAAAUUCAAGUCUAGAUAAUCUAAAUGGAGAUUCUCAAAUGAGCAUUGAUACUGUCCACCACCAGCUUGAAGUCAAACAAGAACCAGAGGAGAAUUACCAAAAUCUCGAAUUCCACAACGUAUCAGAGAACCUGGGAGAUAAUGAGAUGAUGCUUCAAAAUCUAUCCCCUGAACAGGUUUUAAUGGGCGAUGGAGAUUCAGUUAAUGGUCUUAAUAUUGAUCCCCUUGAGGGUAAUCGCUGCGACGAUAAUUAUUUCUUUUUGAUGAGUCUUUUACCUCACAUACGGACUUUGCCUGCCGAAAGAAGAAUGCUUCUCAGGAUGCAAAUGCAGGAGUUGGUGUACAAGGAAGUUUAUAAGAAGAGCAACUCAGAAAAUGUUUCAUCUCCAUGAAUAUUUGAAAUUAAAAAAUAUCGAGACUCUUAAAGAGCUUUGAUUUAACUGAAAGAUAAAUUACUUUAUAGCUAUAAAUAGAAUAUCGAUUUGAUGAAUGAAAACAUAUAAUUAUACUGUGAUGGUGACGUUCGAGUGUUUUACAGAGACACAGAAAAGGGAGACAUGGGUUUUUUUUUCCUUUUUACGCUUUUUAUUUUCUAGUAUUUCAAAUUUCGUGCCAUAAUUCUAAACCUAAGAGUGAAUUUUCGUCUAAUUUAUUGAUUUAUUGUGCUUUUGUUAAUGUCAGUUGUGAAUGAGUACAAACUAUUGUUAUUUUAAGUUUAAUUUUUUGGAUUGACUUUUUGUGUUCGAAGGAUUAUAUUCUGAGGAUAUUACUAUCAGUUUUCGGAAUCUGCUGUAAUUUUAGGAGGAAAAUAUAGAAACGAGUAUGGGCUAAGAAAUAUAUUUAUUUUUUAUUCUUAAGCGUUGGAAGCAACGAGUCGGGAUAUUUAUGUGCAGAUAGAAGAAAAUAAAGAAUAUUUC